AUGAGCGGGAGUGCCAUCUUGGGAGGUCGCGGCGUGACGCUGGCACGACUGGCCGUCAUCUUUCUGCUCAUAGUCGGGCUGUUUCUGCUACGCGACACAUGGUUCCCCAAGGCGGAAGAGGCGUAUAACAAGCACUUGGGGGACGCGAAGUGGUUGCACGCAAACCACAAAGAGCAGGAGUCGAGCAACAAGGAGGACAGCAAAGCCACGCCCGUCAUUCCGGGCACCGCUCUCGAGCAACCAGAACACUUCGACCAACUGGCAGUAGACUCCCAGCUGAACAUUCCUCCAGAGACACCCGCGGCAUCACCAUAUCACAAGCUUGGCGAUCCCGUUCCAGACCACAAGAACGAGACGGAAUGCCGUCACCUUCCUGGCGCCGACAAGGUGCUGGUCAUGCUGAAGACUGGCGCCACUGAGCUGUACGCGAAACUACCUACACAUUUCGUCACGACCUUCCAAUGCAUUCCGAAUUUCUCCAUCUACUCCGACCUCGAGCAAACCUUUGGCGACGUCCAAAUCUACGACGCGAUCAAGCCCGUCUCGAAGAAGAUCAGGGAGGAGCAUGAAGACUUCCAGCUAUAUCGGGAGAUCCAGAAGUGGGAACGAGAAGGACAAGAUCUGGGUAAGCUACAAGGAGAUGGAGGCUGGAACCUGGACAAGUGGAAGUUCUUGCCAAUGCUGCAUCAUGCCUUCGAGACUGCAGAUGACAGCAUUGAGUGGUUUGUCAUGAUGGAGGCAGACACCAGCAUCUCCUGGCUGAAUCUGUUGAUGUAUCUCAAGACAAUGGAUCCCAAGAAGCCAUACUACCUCGGAGCACAAAACAUCAUUGGUGACACCACCUUCGCUCACGGCGGCAGCGGUAUCGUCAUGUCUCGCAAAGCCGCCGACACCCUCGAAGCAGCACGCUACAACGCCGGCAAAGAACUCUACGACGAGAAGUGGGAAGAGCAGACCGCGCUAUCAUGCUGUGGUGACGGCAUAGUCGCAGAAGCCUUCAUGGCCGUCGAAAUUCCACUCACACCCGCCUGGCCUCUGAUCCAGGGUGAGACUAUCAACACGGUCGACUUCACAGGUCAUCACUGGUGCACUCCGCCAAUCACUUUCCACCACGUCACGCCCAUCGAAGUCGACAACCACUGGAAGUUCGAGAAAGCCUGGACCGACAAGCACGGCUGGCAGGAACCAUACCUCUACCGCGACAUCUUCGAACACUUCCUCGCGCAACACGUCAGCGUGAAUAGAACUCACUGGAACAAUCUGAGCUCGAGGGAGAAGUUCGUCCGACCCGACCUCGCGGAUGAGCAGGACAAGCCAUUUGAAGAGUUGGAAGAGUAUGAACAAGAAUCGAUCGAGUCACCGGAUCUUUGCGCGGCAGCUUGCAUGAAGAAGGGGGACGAUUGUAUACAAUGGAUGCACACACCAGGCCGAUGUCACCUCGGCCGCGAGAUCCGAUUUGGAAAGAGCGAUGAGCGCGAGACAGAGCAUUGGGGGUGUGGCUGGAUACAAGAGCGCAUCGCAGCUUUCAAAAAGAAGUGGGAGGGAUGCGAAGUUAGAUGGGCAGGGUGA